AUGCUAGCCAAUGCUAAAAUUACCAUCUUAUUGCUAUUGUUUGUGAUAGUAGUAGAAGUAGAUUCAAAUAAGCCACAAACCUAUGAUGGAUUACGACCAAAUUACACCAUGGAUGGAUCACUCUCAUCCUCGUGGCUAAAGAAAACAAAUAAACCACGAGACACCGGUUGCAGGAAGCGACCAUGGAUAUGCAGCCAAGGUGAAAGGCCACCAAGACAAAGAUGCUGUAGAAAUGUGUGUAUUGAUGUCACUUCCGACGUAAACAACUGCGGCUUGUGUGGAAGAAGGUGCCCCUUCACAUGGCAAUGUUGCAAUGGGCGUUGUAGAAAUACAAAUUUUAAUCCUUUUAACUGUGGAAAGUGUGGACACAGAUGCCCUUUUAAAGUUCGUUGCAGAUUUGGAAUGUGUGGUUAUGCUCAGCCACCAAAGCCACCGUUCCCACCUUGGCCACCAAAGCCUCCACUCCCGCCUCGGCCACCACGUCCUCCAAAGCCUCCAUUCCCACCCCGACCACCUUUCCCCUUUCCGCCAUGGCCACCUCGUCCUCCAUUCCCCUUUCCGCCAUGGCCGCCUCAUCCUCCAAAGCCUCCAAUCCCACCAAAGCCAAGACACCCUCCCCCACCAAAGGAUGAUUUGUGA